AAACAAAAAAAAUUAAGAGUACUAAAGAGAGAAAUGAAAUAUUAAGCGGGGAACAGCAAGGAGACGGCUGCUGAAGUCGGGAAAAAAGCAACGGCAAAAGUAUUAUAUUUCCCAUCGCAAAGAUUUGCAGGAAACACCAAAAUUUGGCUUCUCUGCAAUGGCAUAGUUGUUUUGUGGGUCAUCGCCAGGCGAGGGACGCACGGUCCAUACAUAGUGCAAUUGACGCGACUGUGUAUGGAAGUUUUUGCAGGAUAACUCUUUCGAAAUACUACACACGAAGAUUUUUACGCGUGGACGGCGCGAAACGAUUUGUUUCGGGCUUCUACCAAUAAACGGCAUACCAAUAAACGGCAUUCAUUAGACGGUGGGGUAUUAUCUGACCGACGAGAAAAAUAGGAUCGGUUUAAAAUUCGUGAACGGAAAAUUAAAGCGUUCAAUCGUCUCGCAUCGUUUUUAGAGGAUGAGAACCGUUGAUCGCCAGAUUUAGCUCGUUCAGUUCAAAUAGGAGAUUGCAGGGCAGCCAUGGCGACUUGGUUAGCAGUCAGAUUAAGUAGGUCCUCCAGAUUGAAGCCCCUGGUGGCCAAUAUAUCACGAUCAAAUAUACUGUCGACACUUAUAGUAGCAGGGAAUGAGCAGGUUCGAAGUAUUAGUUCCUAUGUGAUAUUAGAUGGUCCAGCUAGUAGAAAAGAUAUCAGGGUACCAUAUAAUGGCCUUUACAAAAGUUUUCCAUAUCAAGCAUGGACUAGGUCAUUUGCAUCAGAUAAACGUGAACUCGUUGAGGCUGUUGUGCCAUUCAUGGGUGAAUCAGUCAGUGAUGGGACUCUUGCAACAUUUCUCAAGAAACCAGGAGAUAGAGUCGAGAUGGAUGAAGCCAUAGCUCAAGUUGAGACUGACAAGGUGACUGUUGAUGUUAAUAGUCCUCAAGCAGGUUACAUUGAGAAGUUUGUAGCCAAGGAGGGAGAUACAGUUGUACCAGGAACAAAGGUGGCAGUUAUUUCAAUGUCAGCAGAUGGAUCAACACCUAAAGGAGAGAAGAAAAAGUCAUCACCACAAUCUUCUCAGCAAUUACCAGAUUCAGAUGUUAAAAAAGCUAAGCCUGCACCUGCAGCACCUGCAGAGGAAGCCCCAAAAGACAAAGUGGCUGUUCCUGCAUCCCCACCUCCUAAGACUUCUCCUUUGGAACUGCAACUUCCUCCAAAGGACAGGGAAAGAAGGGUGCCCAUGACAAGGCUACGCAAACGGGUGGCUACACGUCUUAAAGAUUCGCAGAACACAUUUGCUUUGCUAACUACCUUUAAUGAAGUUGACAUGACAAACUUAAUGCAACUUCGGACAGAGUACAAGGAUGCUUUCCUAGAAAAACAUGGUGUAAAGCUGGGAUUUAUGUCUGGAUUCAUAAAGGGUGCAGUGAGUGCACUUCAGCAUCAACCCAUAGUGAAUGCUGUCAUUGAUGGUGAUGACAUCAUAUACAGAGACUAUGUUGACAUCAGCAUUGCUGUGGGAACAGCAAAGGGACUUGUUGUACCAGUGAUCCGCAAUGCAGAUAAAUUGAACUUUGCAGAAAUAGAAAAAACAAUGAGUGCACUUGCCAAGAAAGCAAACAGUGGGUCCAUAUCAAUUGAUGAGAUGGCUGGAGGUACUUUCACAAUAUCUAAUGGUGGUGUGUAUGGCAGCCUCCUGAGCACACCCAUUAUUAACCCACCCCAGUCUGCAAUUUUGGGCAUGCAUUCCAUCCAAAAUCGUCCAGUUUGUGUGGGUGGCAACAUUGUUGCAAGACCUAUGAUGUACAUUGCACUUACAUAUGAUCAUAGGCUCAUUGAUGGGAGAGAGGCUGUUUACUUCCUUAGACGUAUCAAGGAUGUAGUAGAGGAUCCACGGAGGCUUCUGCUUGACAUCUAAUGUGAGCGGAGGUUUUUUUAUCAAAUAGAAUUUUCCAAAAUUACGCUCAAAGCAGGAAUGACACAAUUUGUUUUUAAUAAAUUUAUCGGGCCAAUUUUAUUUUGGUCGAUGACUCUCUUGCAUGAUUUUUUCUGGGACAUUUGGUUUACAUCUUUCUUUAGAAGCAGUUGAGACGAGGACAUUUUUUGAACGACACUAUCAAUGUGAUAUACAUAUACACUAUCACGGUGAUCUACAUAUUCAGGAACAGGUUGACACAUAAUAUUUUGACAUUAGUUGAUUCUUGUAGGUA